CUGCCGUGUUGGUUGGUGUUAUUUGGCGUUAUAGUGUCGUUUUCAUGCGUGAUAUUCGAAUACUUAAUCCAGAAAAUUGUUUUUUAAGUAAACGGUGAAAAUAUAUUUGUGCUAAUUUAUUUGGACUGUUCCACAAGUUUCGGGUGGGACAUUUAAACGUGGUCGCGAUCGAUUCGCAUUAUGUGGGCAGAAGUGCAGUGUGGAAAAUUCAGUUGGACUAUUUUGUUGACGCUGCAACUGCUUGCAGAUGUUACAAGUUUUGAUAUUUUACAGAAACACGCACGUCCUUUUUCGCAACUGGAUGGCAAUGAUCGAGAGCUCGCAGUUUCAAGAAUGAAAAAGCAAAUCAAAAGGAUACUCAAUAUGUCCCCAGAGAACAACACGCUCGAUAAUUAUAUAUUAUCAGUGUUCAACGUAGAAAACAUCAAUCCAACGUACGUGUUUCUACUUCCAAGUGGUGAUAAAAAGACAAUACGGAAACUAAUAUAUCAAAAAAGUGAUUUUUUGGAAGCUGAAUUUCCAAACGUAACUUCAAUUAACAAAUUCAAACGAAGUUUGAACUAUUCCCUAAAUGAAUACAGUGAUAAUGAUAGCGACCAUAUCGCACAAGAGUUUAGGACAUUCACAAAAACGGACGAUAAUCCUGACGUGGAUAACAGUAUGUCAGAGAUAGUGGAAGAAAAUAUUCGGACAGAGCGUAAUUUUAUCAAGUUCAUGAAUGAUCUUAACAAGGAUCUUGAGGAGGAAUUGAAAAGAAAAAUUGUGAAACACAAACAUCCAAUACAUGGUGCAACGUUCAAACAGACGACGUUAUUCACUCCUUACACUUAUGUAAAUACGCAAACCAUUGGCUGGCACGAUCUUGGUCUUGAGGGAUGGAUUGGCGGUUUAAGAGAUGUAACUGGACACCUCUUUGAGCAUCCUGUUAUGGAAAGGCCAAACAUAAAAUCUACUUAUAAUGAUCCCUUCGUUAGCAUCCAGGCCAGUUUUGAUCCUGUCAAGUUUCUUAAAACACCUGCUCCCACCAAAUCUGUGGAAACAAGUAGUACUAGCAACAUAGUAAAUAGUUCAGCCGUUCCACAGCGGCAUAAAAAUUCGGCACUUCUUCUCACCAACGAAAUCGAACAGAAACUGGAGGACAUCCUCAAUCGAACAAAGAAUAUCAAAGGAAGAGUCCCACGUUGGCCGGUUACCAAUAGUCGAGAUGCACAUCGUGAUGAGGAUGUAUUUAUAGCGCGAGCAAACAAUCCAUUUGGACAUUCGACCAAAUGGCGGUGGAGUAACGAAACUGAUGAAACGGAAAGAAAGGCUACCGAUUUCGCUAGAACAAGAGAUGGGCGCUCAAAACGCGGCGUGUACAAUCUCUACUCGAUGAUCAAAUGUUCUACUGGAUGUGACCCGAUAAUCUACAAAGGCUACGGAUGCUUUUGCGGAUUUCUUGGAUCGGGAAAAGUAUUGGACGGUAUUGAUAGAUGCUGCAAAAUGCACGACUACUGCUACUCCUCCGCAAACUGUCCUAUGUUUUUGGAGUAUUUCGUACCAUACCUCUGGAAAUGCUAUCGUGGACGACCGCUAUGUGCCGUCGAUCACGGAGAAUGGGGUGGUCCUAACUCGUGUGCCUCUCGUUUAUGCCAUUGUGACCUCUCGUUGUCCAAAUGUUUACGCCGUUACCACUGUCCGCGGAAACGCAACGUCUGCACUACAUCACCCUUGAGGCUACUGCAAAACCUCGUGAUGGUAUUUUAGGGCCAUUUCAUUAAUCUCACAUGCAUACCAAAUACAUGACACAUGUCGAUGCGCAGGAUAGGAUAUGCCAAGUACAAAAAAUUAGAUUUAAAAUGCGAUUUAUGGUUAUUCCGUUUUUAUUAAAUAAUGUGCAGUAGAAAAAUCGACUGCUUUUCUCGAGUCGCUGUUAACAACUAUUUGUUCAGGGUAAGCCUAAAAUAAGUUUUGCGAACGUUAGAAAUUACUUCACAUACGCUAGUAUGAAAACGUAAGAGCGGUGCAAUGAAAAAAUAAAAUAAUAAAUAACGAUGAUAAUAAUGUUAAGCA